GGUUUUCCCACGUCGCGCUCUUUCUGUUCGGAUUCCGUGGGAGAAGGUAUGUUAAAAGUGCCUUCAGAUCAGCUGUUGUCUGGCUAUCAUUUUCCCACAAGACACAACGCAGAAUCAACUACACAAGCAAGAGAAAAACAACGACAAUAAUGGCUAACAGCAAAGCUAACAAGGCUCUGCUAACACAAAAUAUGGACAAUAUGCCAAAGGGACUAAAAACAUGACGGUGCAAAUCCCCAGGACCACACAAGGAGACAAAGGGAGACGAGCAGGUUGGUUCAAAUGAUUUUAGAAGCCGCUGAAAAUCUACAGAAAAUGAUGCUGAACUUUGGAGAAGAAAUGAAACGGAAAACGCUCUCCACUGCUAAUAUUGCGAAAGCGGUGGAGUUUAAUAGCGCUGCAAUUUAAGAUUGUAAAAAUAAAAACGAUAAGAUGGAAAAUGAGGUCGAACAACUUAAAACCACAAAUGCCGAGCUGACAAAAGUCCAAGAGUUUGAAAGAAAAGCGACAGAAUCAGCACUAAAAAAGAAGAUGGAAUCUGCGCAUUAACGGCUUAAAAGAGCAAAAGGAGGAAGACGCAAAACAGAAAGUCACGAAUCUCAUUAAGCAGAUUAGGCCACAGCGGAAAGAGAAGAUGGACAUCAUUCUGGACCCUGGACGCAGAUUCUUGUCCAGCUUCCAGGUCGGAUCUUCAGGGAUGAUCUCUGGUGAUCCACUGAGCAGCAGGGAGCCCAGCAUCCGUUUCUCUGAGGAUCUCACCCAACAAGACCGGGAACAGCUGGGAUAAAGGCUGGGUUCAAAGAAAGCUGAUCCAUGAUUCUACCGAACCUCUUCCGGUUCCAGAGGAAACCAGAAAUCCUGACAGGAAUCUGAUCUGAAUCACGUUUCAUCACUAACUGCUGCUGUUUCCAUCUCUGCCACCGGAUGGCGCUGUGCUCUGACCGCACCGUGCCCCGCGGACACCACGUAACCAUGGGCAACCUCAGCGCGUGCACACGUUUAUCAGAACAAACUUUGGUUAUUCGUACUUUCAAAAUAAGAGGCUCUGGAACAGGAUCGGGUUCUCAUUACUUUUUAAUGGGAAUUGUUUGAUUUUAUAUCAGCGUGACGUCACAAGCUGGAGGAAGUUGUUUGCUGUUGAUCAGUUACGUGACUGAAAUCUUGUUUAUUCAUUUUAUUUCCCUCUCUGAUCCAGAGAGCACGUGCUGCUAGAAGCGCUCAUUACUUUUUUUAUUAAACAAUUUGAGCAAAUGUACAAUAACACGUGGCAUGUACAUAAACAGGUCAGGGGCUUAUGAAGCGCUCAUUACUGUUAACUUCCACUCUGAGGACGCUGGGAUCAGAACCAGCCCAUGUUUGGACUCUUAUUUUCCUAAAACUCGGAGGUCAGCACACUUCCUGUUAUGUCUGGCUGUCGGGGGAGCGUGACACAGCCGCCACCCCCGCCCCCUCCCAGACAGACGGUCUGCAGCAUCACACGGAGACACACGCAGCUCAGCUCAGCCGGAGGAGCGCGCCGAGUCCCGCCCCGCCCCCUCCCCAUACUGAGCGGCCAUGUCGGUGCUCGGCCCCGCCCCCAGCAGCGCCGACGCCUGCCUCAGCAUCGUCCACAGCCUGAUGUGCCACCGGCAGGGCGGCGAGAACGAGGGCUUCGCCAAACGUGCCAUCGAGAGCCUGGUGAAGAAGCUGAAGGAGAAGAAGGACGAGCUGGACUCGCUCAUCACCGCCGUCACGUCCAACGGCGUCCACCCCAGCAAGUGCGUCACCAUCCAGAGGACGCUGGACGGGCGGCUGCAGGUAGCAGGCAGGAAGGGUUUCCCCCAUGUGAUCUACGCCCGGUUGUGGCGCUGGCCCGACCUGCACAAGAACGAGCUGAAGCACGCCAAGUUCUGCCGCUUUGCCUUCGACCUCAAGUACGACAGCGUGUGUGUGAACCCAUACCACUACGAGAGGGUGGCAGCGCCCGCCUGCACAGGUCCUCAGGCGGUGAUCAAGGAGGAGUUCCUGCAGGACUGCCUGCAGCUGGACCUGCCCCCUCCCUCUGACCCGUACGCCCAGCCCCGGCCCCUCACCUUGUAUCCCAGCAUGCCUCUGUCUCCGCCAGGACGGACAUCCAUGACGCCCACCGCUCUGGGCGCCACCGAGGCUCCAGAAAGCCCCGCCCUCCUGCAGGUGGCCCCGCCCAUUCAGCCAGAGGGCCACACCUCACCCCCCCUGGCCCCACAGUCCGCCACGCCGGCUCCUGCCCAGCAGAGCCCCGAGUACAGUGGGACGCCCACACCUGUCAGCUGGUCAGGUAACGGCCCUGCCCCCUACACACCUGCAGGACAUCAGCACAGUGGGCGGAGCCACACUCAGCAAACACCGUUCCUUCAUCAUCAUCAACACACACCCAACACUCACUUCUGGUCGCAGCAUCACAGCACUCCUCCGUACCCACAACCGGUCUCCAACCAUCCAGGUCCAGAGUUCUGGUGCUCCAUCUCCUACUUUGAGCUGGAUGUUCAGGUCGGGGAGAUGUUCAAGGUCCAGUCCAGCUGUCCCCUGGUGACGGUGGACGGCUAUGUGGAUCCUUCAGGCGGGGAUCGGUUCUGUCUGGGACAGCUGAGCAAUGUCCACCGGACUGCAGCCAGCCACCGGGCCAGGCUCCAUAUUGGGCGGGGCGUCCAGCUCGAAUGUCGGGGGGAGGGGGACGUCUGGAUGCGUUGCCUUAGCGACCACUCCGUCUUCGUCCAGAGUUACUACCUGGACCGUGAGGCUGGCCGAGCGCCAGGUGACGGGGUUCACAAGAUCUACCCUGGAGCUUACAUCAAGGUGUUUGACCUACGCCAGUGCCACAGGCAGAUGCAGACGCAGGCGGCGGCGGCGCAGGCGGCAGCAGAGACGCAGGCGGCUGCGGUUGUCGGGGCGAUGCCAGGACCCCACAGCGUGGGAGGAAUUGCACCUGCACUCAGUGUGUGCUCUGCAGCAGGUCCAGGUGUAGAUGACCUGCGCAGGCUGUGCAUCGUGAGGCUAAGCUUUGUCAAAGGCUGGGGGUGCGACUACCCGAGGCAGAGCAUCAAGGACACCCCCUGCUGGAUGGAGGUGCACCUGCACCGGGCGCUGCAGCUGCUCGACCAGGUGCUGCACACGCUGCCACCUCGAGAGCACGCCCUCUGACCUGAACACACUUGACUACUGUCGCCCCGACAACCUCCAUUCCUCUGAGAGAUGCAGAACUACGGCUUCGUUUCCAUGGUAACAACCUCCAAGGGUCAGUCCAGGCAGAGAUCUGGGAUCAGAAUCAGGAAGACUGACUUCAGAUCAGCUGAAACCAAAAACCAUAAAGUUCAUCUAUUUAUUUCUAUUGAUUAUCUACCAAAGAUUCAUUUCUAACUGAUGACAUCAUUUCCUGUUUAGGUUGUUUAUGCAACCAUGUUUUUUUUCUUUUUACAGCUUUUAUCCCAUUUUAAUUGUUUUCUACAGAAAACUUCUAUAACUGUAGCUGCUGCUGCCUGUUUUCAUUACAAUAAACAUUCCUGUCCUGCA